AUAUAGUAAGAGGAGGGAGUCGGUUCAUUCAGAGAGGCUCAAGUGGGAGGACUUGCAUGCACAAUACCAGCGGAGGGUGGAAGUGCAGGCGACAGAGUGAGGGAGUUGCCAACUUGCAGAAGAGAAAGCCAAAUUUUUUGUUUUUGCAAUCACGCCAACAUGGAGAGAGCGUAACACGCGUUACACCACACACACACACACACACUUGUCACUACCCUGAGAAACGCCGCUAAAGAAAAGACCGAAACAACUUUAUCCACUCUGUCCAAAGGAGCAGGAGAGCGAGCCGAGGGAUCGUAACACUGGAGCUCAAGGAUAAGCCAUGGACCCUGCAUACAUCACAACACACCUGGAGGUCCACCAUGCUCCCUGCUAACCUUCUGCUCCUCAUGGUCCUGCUGCUACCUCAAGCCACGUCAAGUCGCCACGGUGACGCCGGCGACAUUAUCGACAAUGGCACGCCAUCACACCCGGCUCCAACCUCCGACCUGGAACCCGGCCUGGCUCGGACCAUCCAGAGCCUCCUGCUGAGCCGCCUGGGCCUGCAGUCCCAGCCUAAUCCUCGGCCCGGAGUGCCGGUCCCGAGGUACCUCAUGGAUCUGUACCGCUUCCAGCAGCAGCAGUACCACCUACUGGAGGACGCCUCUUUCAGCUUCCCCAGUCACCACGUGCAGCAGGCCAAUACCGUACGCAGCUUCCAUCACACUGAGCCCCUCACAGCAGAGGAUCACAGACGGCUGCACAUCUCCUUCAAUAUCUCCUCCAUCCCGCAGGAUGAGAAGGUGCUCUCCGCCGAGCUGCGCCUCCUCCGCAUGGCCGGAACCAACCUCAGACUGAACCUGUACCUCUCAGAGCACCACGAGGACCCCCGACCCACCCUGCUAGAGACAAGAAAACUCACCGCCGGCCCUCAAAGGCAGAAAUCCAGCAACCUCUGGGAAGCGUUUAGCCUGAACGCGGAGCUCUUCGAUUUGGCCCUCAAUGGCGCCGGCCAUCUGGGCUUCCUCCUGGAGGUCAUACCCGAGAACAGCAGCGCCUCGGCCCAGGUGGAAGGGGAGGGACGCCGGGGGGGUCACCUGAGGGUGUGCAGGUCUGUGGGGCAAGACGAGCUCAGCUGGGCCCAGGAGCGACCCCUCCUUGUAACUUAUAGUCAUGACGGGCGUGGAGAGCCUUUGGUCAAACAUAGGAGGAACCUCAAUGGGGUCCAGAGGAUGAGAGGCAGGAAAGGGACAAGAGAGAAGAACAAAAGCUGGAAUAGAGACCAAAAGUGGGUUAAAAACACAAGUUGGGGGGGUGAUACAGGAAGUGAAAGGGUAAAACGAAACGGCGGGAGGGCCGCGAAGCUUAAACGCCUUUCCCGUAACAGAUGCCGCCGCCAUCCGCUCUACGUCGAUUUUAACGACGUGGGCUGGCACAAGUGGAUCAUAGCGCCGAGCGGCUACGACGCCUUCUUCUGCCUCGGGGAGUGCCGCUUCCCCCUGGCCGACCACAUGAAUUCCUCCAGCCACGCCAUGGUGCAGACGCUGGUCAACUCGGUGAACGGGGCCGUGCCGCGGGCUUGCUGCGUGCCCACCUCCCUCAGCCCCAUCGCCCUGCUCUACCUGGACCCGCAGGACCGGGUGGUGCUGAAGAACUACCAGGACAUGGUGGUGGAGGGAUGCGGCUGCCGGUAGCGUGCCGGACGGCGGGACGUGGAAGUUCGAGCAGCAUGAGAAUCCAGCAGCUCAUCGUUUAAAUUUUGCCUCACCCGCCGACGGGGAAAUGAGAGCGUGAGGUUUGUCAGACAGUGCGAAAUCAUCGGGAAACAUUACGCCGCUUUUCCAUUGCAUGUUACUGUCUCGGCUCAGUGUCCCGCUGCAUUGAACGCAUCAGUCAGAAGGAGAGACGUUAACAAAAAAUGCAGGAGAACAAAGGUUUCGUUUGUGUUGAAGUUAGAAACAUUUUUUAUCCAAGAGGAGACUGAGGGCAGCAAGAAAACGGAAGCUCUACUGUAACAGCCAGAGAUUAAAACACCGAUGCAUAGUAGAAGUAAAAUGUUGACAAAAGAAAAUGAUAUGCAAAAAGAGACUGAGGGGCCCAAGAAAACGGACUUCUGCAGCAGAGUUGAGACUCUGGAGUGUAAUCCUGCAGCGUCCAGAUUAUAAAACACAAUUACGUUGUGUUUAUUUUCGAAAACAAAAUGUAACUGAAAAACCGCAGCAAAGGAACAAAGGUAUCCUCAAUGUGUUGAAGUUAGACACAUUUUUUAUCCAAGAGGAGACUGGGGGCAGCAAGAAAACGGAAGCUUUACUGUAGCAGCCAGAGAUUAAAACACCGAUACAUAGUAGAAGUAAAAUGUUGACAAAAGAAAAUAAUAUGCAAAAAGAGACUGAGGGGCCCAAGAAAACGGACUUCUGCAGCAGAGUUGAGACUCUGGAGUGUAAUCCUGCAGCAUCCAGAUUAUAAAACACAAUUACAUUGUGUUUAUUUUAAAAAACAAAAUGUAACUGAAAAACUGCAGCAAGGAAAGAAAGGUGUCCUCUAUGUGUUGAAGUUAGACACGUUUUUAUCCGAGAGGAGACUGAGGGCAGCAAGAAAACAGGAGCUCUACUGUAGCAGCCAGAGAUUAAAACACCGAUACAUAGUAGAAGUAAAAUGUUGACAAAAGAAAAUAAUAUGCAAAAAGAGACUGAGGGGCCCAAGAAAACGGACUUCUGCAGCAGAGUUGAGACUCUGGAGUGUAAUCCUGCAGCAUCCAGAUUAUAAAACACAAUGACAUUGUGUUUAUUUUAAAAAACAAAAUGUAACUGAAAAACUGCAGCAAGGAAAGAAAGGUUUCCUCUAUGUGUUGAAGUUAGACACGUUUUUAUCCGAGAGGAGACUGAGGGCAGCAAGAAAACGGAAGCGUUACUGUAGCAGCCAGAGAUUAAAACACUGAUACAUUGUAGAAGUAAAAUGUUGACAAAAGAAAAUAAUAUGCAAAAGGAGACUGAGGCCCCCAAGAAGACGGACUUCUGCAGCAAAGUGGAGACUCUGGAGUGUAAUCCUGCAGCGUCCAGAUUAUAAAACAAAAUUACAUUGUGUUUAUUUUAGGAAACAAAAUGUAAUUGAAAAACUGCAGCAAAGGAACAAAGGUAACCUAAAUGUGUUGAAGUUAGACACAUUUUUAUCCAAGAGGAGACUGAGGGCAGCAAGAAAACAAAAGCUUUACUGUAGCAGCCAGAGAUUAAAACACUGAUACAUUGUAAAAGUAAAAUGUUGACAAAUGAAAAUAAUAUGCGAAAGGAGACUGAGGGCCCCAAGAAAACGGACUUCUGUACCAAAGUGAGGACUCUGGAGUUUAAUCCUGCAGCGUCCAGAUUAUGAAACACAAUUACGUUGUGUUUAUUUUCAAAAACAAACUGUAACUGAAAAACCGCAGCAAAGGAACAAAAGUAUCCUCAAUGUGUUGAAAUUAGACACAUUUUUAUCCGAGAGGAGACUGAGGGCAGCGAGAAAACGGAAGCUCUACUGUAGCAGCCAGAGAUUAAAACACCGAUACAUAGUAGAAGUAAAAUGUUGACAAAAGAAAAUAAUAUGCAAAAGGAGACUGAGGCCACCAAGAGAAGGGACUUCUGUAGCAAAAUGGGGACUCUGGAGUGUAAUCCUGCAGCGUCCAGAUUAUAAAACACAAUUACAUUGUGUUUAUUUUACAAAAAAAAAUGUAACUGAAAAACUGCAGUACAAUUCUGCAGUUGAAAAAUUGUUGAACGGAAAAAAAACAUCCGAGAGGAGACUCAGAGCAGCAAUAACGAGCUGUUGCAGCAGAGUGGAGACUGUGGAGUAUAAAACUGCAGUUGAUAGUCAAUAGGAAAUAAAUAGCCAAGAGAAGAUUGAAGGCAGCAAGAAAACAGGCUGUUGUAGCAGAGUGGAACCAAUGGGAUUUAGUGCUGCAAUUAAACAAAGAAAAAUAUCCAAGAGGAGACUGAGGGCAACAAAAAAAUGGGGUUUUGGACAAGAGUUUAGACUGUGGAGUAUAAUACUUCAAUUGAUAGAUUAUUGAUUAAAAAUAUAUAUAUUCAAGAGGAGACUCAGAACAGCAAGAACGGGCUGUUGCAGCAGAGUGGAGACUGUGGAGUAUAAAACUGCAGUUGAUAGUUAAUAGAUAACAAAUAUCCAAGAGAAGAUUGUAGGCAGCAAGAAAACAGGCUGUUGUAGCAGAGUGGAGCCAAUGGAGUCUUACGCUGCAAUUAAACCAAGUGAAAUAUAUCCAAGAGGAGACUGAGGGCAACAACAACAAAAAAACGGGCUUUUGGGGCAGGGAUUAGACUGUGGAGUAUAAUACUACAGUUGAAAGAACAUUGAUUAAAAAAAAACAUAUCCAAGAGGAGACUCACAGCAGCAAGAACAGGCUGUUGCAGCAGAGUGGAGACUGUGGAGUAUAAAACUACAGUUGAUAAUAAAUAGAAAAUAAAUAUCCAAGAGAGGAUUGAAGGCAUCAAAAAACAGGCUCUUGCAGCAGAGUGGAGCCAAUGGAGUUUAGCGCUGCAAUUAAAAAAAGUAAAAUAUCCAAGAGGAGACUGAGGGCAACAACAACAAAAAAACAUGCUUUCGGGGCGGAGAUUAGACUGUGGAGUAUAAUACUUCAGUUGACUGAUCAUUGAUAAAAAUAAAAAAAAGAACAUAUCCAAGAGGAGACUCAGAGCAACAAGAACGGGCUGUUACAGCAGAGUGGAGACUGUGGAGUAUAAAACUGCAUUUGAUAGUUAAUAGAUAACAAAUAUCCAAUAGAAGAUUGUAGGCAGCAAGAAAACAGGCUGUUGUAGCAGAGUGGAGCCAAUGGAGUUUAGCGCUGCAAUUAAACAAGGUAAAAUAUCCAAGAGGAGACUGAGGGCAACAACAACAAAAAAAACGGGCUUUCGGGGCGGAGAUUAGACUGUGGCGUAUAAUACUUCAGUUAAUAGAUCAUUGAUAAAAAAAAAUUAAAAAAAAGAACAUAUCCAAGAGGAGACUCAGAGCAACAAGAACGGGCUGUUACAGCAGAGUGGAGACUGUGGAGUAUAAAACUGCAUUUGAUAGUUAAUAGAUAACAUAUAUCCAAUAGAAGAUUGUAGGCAGCAAGAAAACGGGCUGUUGUAGCAGAGUGGAGCCAAUGGAGUUUAGCGCUGCAAUUAAACAAAGUAAAAUAUCCAACAAGAGACUGAGGGCAACAAAAAAAACGGGCUUUUGGAGUAGAAUUUAGACUGUGGAGUAUAAUACUUCAGUUUAUAGAUCAUUGAUUAAAAAAAAACAUAUCCAAGAGGAGACUCAGAGCAGUAAGAACAGGCUGUUGCAGCAGAGUGGAGACUGUGGAGUAUAAAACUGCAGUUGAUAAUUAAUAGAAAAUAAAUAUCCAAAAGAAAAUUGAAGGCAACUAAAAAACAAGCUCUUGCAGCAGAGUAGAGCCAAUGGAGUUUAGCGCUGCAAUUAAACAAAGUAAAAUAUCCAGGAGGAGACUGAGGGCAACAACAACAACAACAACAAAAAAACAGGCUUUCGGGGCAGAGAUUAGACUGUGGAGUAUAAUACUUCAGUUGAUAGAGCAUUGAUAAAAAAUAAAAAUAAACAUAUCUAAGAGGAGACUCAGAGCAGCAAGAACGGGCUGUUACAGCAGAGUGGAGACUGUGGAGUAUAAAACUGCAUUUGAUAGUUAAUAGAUAACAAAUAUCCAAUAGAAGAUUGUAGGCAGCAAGAAAACAGGCUGUUGUAGCAGAGUGGAGCCAAUGGAGUUUAGCGCUGCAAUUAAACAAAGUAAAAUAUCCAACAAGAGACUGAGGGCAACAAAAAAAAACAGGCUUUUGGAGUAGAAUUUAGACUGUGGAGUAUAAUACUUCAGUUUAUAGAUCAUUGAUUAAAAAAAAAACAUAUCCAAGAGGAGACUCAGAGCAGCAAGAACAGGCUGUUGCAGCAGAGUGGAGACUGUGGAGUAUAAAACUGCAGUUGAUAAUUAAUAGAAAAUAAAUAUCCAAGAGAGGAUUGAAGGCAACAAAAAAACAAGCUCUUGCAGCAGAGUAGAGCCAAUGGAUUUUAGCGCUGCAAUUAAACAAAGUAAAAUAUCCAGGAGGAGACUGUGGGCAACAACAACAACAACAACAAACUGGCUUUCGGGGCAGAGAUUAAACUGUGGAGUAUAAUACUUCAGUUGAUAGAGCAUUGAUAAAAAAUAAAAAUAAACAUAUCUAAGAGGAGACUCAAAGCAGCAAGAACGGGCUGUUACAGCAGAGUGGAGACUGUGGAGUAUAAAACUGCAUUUGAUAGUUAAUAGAUAACAAAUAUCCAAUAGAAGAUUGUAGGCAGCAAGAAAACAGGCUGUUGUAGCAGAGUGGAGCCAAUGGAGUUUAGCGCUGCAAUUAAACAAAGUAAAAUAUCCAACAAGAGACUGAGGGCAACAAAAAAAACAGGCUUUUGGAGUAGAAUUUAGACUGUGGAGUAUAAUACUUCAGUUGAUGGAUCUUUGAUAAAAAAUAAAUAUAUGUAUAUCCAAGCGGAGACUGAGGGCAACAAGAAAAUAGCUACCUAGGAGAUACAGCAUAUUCACGGCAACAUCCUAAGCUAAACACAGUGUUUGUUUUCUUCAUUCACAGUCAAGUAAAAAGUAUCAGAGAGAAGGCUGAGGGAACUUUGCAGCAAAGUGGAGACUGUGGAGCGUUACACCGCCGAAAUAAGACAAAGUGACAUUGUGUGUUGAUAGUCUCCAUGACCAGUCGGGCACUAGGAGUAGUAGUCAUAGUGCCUACUUUUGCCAAAGUGAGGAGAGCCGAGUUGGUACCAUGCAGUGGAAACAGGACGACACGCCACCCUGACUUUUGUUUUGCAGCGAUGAGUAAGGCCAUUAGCAAUAAGAGCACGGCGUCGUAACUUUACGCCACGACGUGGUUGCUGCCAUAUUUGCAGAAACGACCAAGAGGAAGGAAAGGUGCUGACUCCAAGGACUGUCCCUGAACGCACCAUUAAGUCACAAGCUAUUUAAAAAAAAAGAAAAACAAAACAAAAACGUAUCAACAAUGCUGACACUAUUGUUUGAAUGUACUGCUACUCUUCCACACGACAUUAUUAUUUAAACAGAAGACUCUUCAUACAUUUCUUUACAGACGUGUUGUGAUUCAACUUAAUCCACUGCAAAUCUAACUUAAAGGUUGUGUAUUUAAAAAUGUAGUGUAUUUAAUCUUGAUGAUAUUUAAAAAAAAAAAAACAAAAAAAAAAAAACAUGCACACAAAGAAAGACCCACGUUCAUACAUCAGUUUUGGCUUUUACAUGUGAAGUGUGUCCAGUGUCCAACAUGCAACAGUGUGAGUACGUGUCGCCUUUAGAGCUCGACAACAAACUAACAAGUGUGUGUAUUGUCGCUACUCCAGUGUGUAACCACAGGUGUCUUGUUCGCUGUGUCUGCAUGUGCCAACAACAACAAUAACAGCAAAAUAAAGGAAAAAAAAGGAAGAUUGAUAUGAGAAAUAUUGUGCCUUCCAAACGAGGGCCUCGGACGUGUUAUUCUGCUGAGCUAAUCGUUUUUCAGUGUCGCAUAUUUCUGUCUUCAUAAAAAGCAACGGCUUGUAAGAUGUUCCAAAAUAUGCCUCCAAUAAAGAAAACAAACAGAA